AGAAGAAAAGGUUGAGCAUAUAUAAGUGAGGCAUUUGAUUAGCAAAAAAUAGAUAAAAUUGGUGAAAUGGGUAGCAAAAUUGGAGCAGCAUUAUUAAUAUUAAGCAUGGUGUUUAUGAGCGGAGCGGGUGCCGGGGACGAUAAAGAUAAAGACGAAUGCGCAGCGCAAUUGGUCGGGCUGGCUACAUGUCUUCCUUAUGUGGGAGGAAAUGCCAAAACCCCAACUCCAGAUUGCUGCAAUGGUCUCAACCAACUGCUCAAAACUAACAAAAAAUGUUUGUGUGUUGUAAUUAAGGAUAGAGAUGAUCCUGAUUUGGGUCUUCAAAUCAAUCUUACUCUUGCUUUAGCCCUCCCCUCUGUUUGUCAUGCCACUGCCAAUGUUUCUCAAUGCCCUGCCCUCCUGCACUUGGAUCCUACUUCACCAGAAGCUCAAGUUUUCUAUCCACAUGCCAAUAAUCAGAGUGCCAGCAGCCUUGCACCUAGUCCCGGACCCAAUGCAGGUGAAGGGAAUCCGACGAGUGGUAAUAGCGAGGAACACAGUGCACAACCCCCAAGUAGUGGCUGCAACAAUGGAAAAGGAUGGAUUUUAUUCUUUAUUUUUAUAUUUCCUCUAUUUAUGUUUUCUAAUUACCAAUGCAUCACAUGAGUAUAUUGUUCAUUUUGGUUUACUUUUCGAUCAAUAAAAUUGUGUUUUAUGAUUUCA